AUGGUCCUCCUCACUUCUUUUCGGAUCUUCUGCUGGGCUCUUGCGGCGAGUUACGCCCUUGCCCAAGAUCAUGGAGAAGAAUAUGAGAAAACAAUGGGCCCAGUCGCCUUCCUGUGGCCGCCUGAUCGUGAAUGGGGUGCUGCUCAAGAUAAUACAGUCCCUUGUGGUUCGGCUGCAUCGGUUGUGAACAGAACCGAAUUUCCUUUGCUCAACGGCCACAUCGCGCUCGUCGCCCAAGACGAAUCCUGGUCCAUCCAAGUAGCGAUCUCUCAUAAAAACGAUCCGACAUCGAACGAUGAUUUUGAGACCGUGAUUGCAGCCACGAGAAUCCCAGAACUCAAUGAGGGGCAUCAGUGCUACCCGAUUCCCAAUCCAUCGGCCGACAUCGAGGCUCUCUCCAAUGCAACAUUGCAAAUUCGAUAUACUUCGGACUUUGAAGACGACAGAAAUGAGACGUACUAUGCAUGCGCGGAUAUUACUUACGUACCGACCAGCCAAUUCACCUACCAAGUGCCAUGCUUCAAUGCCACUGUUGAUGAUUUCAACAUUACUGAUUCUGAUCCUGAUUCAACUUCUUCGGAUUCGGCAGCUGGAGCAACCGCAACAUCAGAAGCCACGGGAGAUAUGGAAGACACGGAAUCAUCGUCUUCAGGUUUGUCUGGAGGCGCGAUUGCCGGUGUUGUUGUCGGGGUUGUGGUAGGAGUUGCUGCUUUCCUUGGUGUGAUCUUUUUCAUGUGGCGUCGCAGCCAGCGGAAGCGUCGACUUCGUCAACAGGAGGCUUCCCUGAGGAAUGUGAAAUGGGAAGACCAUCAUCAAGGGAGCGGACCGGGAUCGCAGGCUUCAGGCGGUGAUAUUGCCCUCAGGAAGCUUUAG